GAUUAAAAAAAUGUUGCUCAUAUGGUUCUUCCCUAAAAUCUUAAAUAUUAAAAUUAAAUGCCUUAAUUAAUAUAAAUAAAUUAAAAUAAUGAUUAAAAAAUUGUUGAAACAAAUCAAUUAAAUGAUUAUGAAAUGGAUUUACCAGAUGAAUAAUCUACCGAUGAUUUUAUUUUGAAUGAUAAUAUUUCUAAAUAUAUGAAAACUCAUGUUUAAUAAAGUGUUGGAUUUACAAGAAAACUCAAUUAUGAAGCUUAUGGAAAAAAAUCUUAAAUUUAAAAUAAAAUCGACUAAAUUUAUUCUACUCUUGAUUAAAAGGCUUAACUUUAAACUUAGUUUAAGUCUUUGGCUUAAUAUGAAAGAAAAGUUAAUAUUCCUAUUUUAAAUAAUUAUGGAGAAGGUAUUUAAUUUAUUAGCUGGAAUGAAAAUAGUAAUUAAUUUGAAUUAAAUGAAUAUGCUAUUGAUCUUUUCAAAAGGAAUCAAAAUGAAUAAAAAAAUACUAAAAUUUCAUUUGUAACAAUUAUUGGAGAAUAAAAAUCUGGAAAAAGCUUUUUAUUAGAUUAAAUAUUAGAAAUACCAGCUAAUAAAUAAAGAUUAUGUAAUACAUAAAAAAAUCCUGGAUUAAUAAUAUGGAGUGAGCCAAUAUAUAAUUCCCAUGAAGAUUGUGAAAUAUACUUUUUAGACACCUAAAUAGAUUUAAAAAGCAAUUCUCAUAGGCAACAAUAACUAUUUAUGUUAAUAUGCUUACUAUCUAGUACAAUAUUAAUGAACAUAAAAUCAAAUAAUUUAAAAUCUUAAGAUUUUGACACUUUAAAGUCUUUAAUGCACUUAUAAGAAUAAUUUGAAUUUGAUAAUUUGGAACAUAAAGAAGACUUAAAGUACUUGUUUCCUAAAUUAAUGAUAUUAAUGAGAGAUUUUACACAUGAAAUAAAGCAUAAGGGAACAACAGUUAGUGGCUAAUAAUAUUUAGAAUAAUUUUUAUUUGACGAAUUAUAAUUUCAAAGAGCAACAGCAGAAUAAUAAAAAUUGCGAAGAAGAAUAAUAAAAUAUUUUCAGAAUCGAAAUUUAUUCACAAUGGUGAACCCUAUAAAAAAUAAAAAUAAUGAAAAUUUAAAUUAACUUUCUUUUUAAGACUUUUGUGAAGAGUUUUAAUAAGAAAUACAAACAUUGAGAAAAAAAAUAAUUUUGGAAUCUUCUAGUGUAAAAGAAUUUAGAGGACUUCGACUUUCGAAAAAUAUGGUUGUGGAAUAUAUAAGGAGUUUUAUUGAAGAUGCAAAUUGUAAUGAGAAAUUUUAAAUAGAAAAGGCUUUUUGUAUUUUACUUGAGAAUGAAUUUAUUUCUGUUUACCAUAAUUGCAUUGAAAUUUAUAAAAAAGAAAUGGAAUAAUAGUUUGGGGAUUGUGAAUAUAUGUCUUUGGAAUAAAUGAAUGAGAGUCUCAAAAAAGCAAGGGAUUAGGUCUUUUUUUCAUUUUUUAAAUUAAAAGCACAUGAUAUUGAUGUUGCAGUUCCACUUUUUGAUAAGUAUUAUAAAAGUAUUAAUGAAUUUAUUAAAGAAAUGGAAGAUAAGUUCCAUUAAAUUAAUAAUGAAGAAACUUAAAAUGCUGUAAAUUUGAUUAUGGAAGAAAAAAUUAGAGAAGUGAAGGAAAAGACGAAUAAUAAUUAAUAAACGAAGGAAGAUUGCUUUUUUAUUAAAUAAUAAUUUGAGAAAAUUUUGAAUGAAAUAAAAACUAUAUGCUUAGGAAAAUAAACUAAUUAUGCUGAGGUUUACGGUAAUCAUAUUUCCCAAAUACAAAAAUAUAUGUUAGAUGUAUUAUAUGAAUAAAUUUAAAUGCUUUAGAAUUUAAAUUAGGAAUAACUAAAAGAAAUAAAAGUUUAAAUCGAAUAGAAAAAUAAAUAAUUAAAGUACUUAAUAAUAAAAAGAACUUCUUAAUGA